AUGGGGAUUGCGGUUGAGGUUGGAAUGCUUGGCCUUGGAAGAGGACCCACUUCACUGUUAUCUCAAACUGCUUCACAGUAUGGGAAGACCUUUGUUUAUUGUUUCCCUGGUCCUAUAAGCUCAACAGGGUAUCUUUUAUUUGGUGACAAAGCCAAAUCUUCCUCCUCCGCAUUCAAAUUCACGCCGCUACUAAAAGGCACCGACAGUUCUCUUUACUUCCUCGAACUCGUUGCCAUAAGCGUUGGCGGAAUGAAAUUGAAAAUUUCCCCUUCUGUAUUUAGGUCACAGGGAACUAUAAUAGACUCUGGAACUGUCAUUACUCGAUUGCCUGCACCGGCUUAUUCAGCACUGAAGUCUGCUUUUAAGAAAUCGAUGUCCAAGUAUCCUUCUGCUCUAGCGGCUGACCUGUUGGAUACAUGCUAUAACCUUGAAAGAUAUAAGAAGGUGAACCUACCAAAGAUUGUGUUUCAUUUUGGAGGCAGAGUUGAUGUAACGUUACAUCCAUCAGGAACUGUAUGGACGCAGAGCAAAAAACAAGUGUGCUUAGGUUUUGCUCCCACAAAUGAGUGGACCAUCAUUGGGAAUAAUCAGCAACACGCGCUAGAGGUACUUUAUGAUACAGAAGGUGGGAGGAUAGGAUUUGCCAAUACAGGCCGUUGCGGCACUUAAUAUUAAUGUCAAUCCCUACAGGCACGACACUUUCCAGAGAAUUUGCGUUCAUGUUCUAUAUGCAUAUCCCAUUAGCAAUAAGCUCUGGAUGUUUAUUUUCUUAGUCACACUGUUUGUCUAUUUCAUGUAUGCUUUGAAACCACGACUGUAAAUCUAUUAUCAAAUAUAUGACAAGAUCGUUCUUUGCCUAAGUAGUAGACAACUUUAUCCCAUGUUGAACGGACUGAUUCCAGAACUUGAGGUGUAUGUUAGUCAAGCAAUUUGAGCUGUCAAGUGAAG